AUGCAGCCGACCUUCGUCUCCAAACAUGUGGUGCUCGACUUCAGCAAUCCAUUGCAACGAGACUCAAACAAACGCAAACAACAACAGCAACCGCCAACCCCCGAAUCAAACACCAAACGACCGCGCCAAAAAUCACCAUUCGGUCUCUCCUGGGAAAGAGAUCCACACGAUCCCUACAAGUUCCUCGAGCCUCCGGGCUCUAUUGCAAAAAACCAGAUGUUUUCCGUAGAGUUCCGCCUGAUGUUCGACAACGAAGAAGAGCGCGUGUAUCUAAUAGCGUAUUUCUACGCCCAGCUCCAACCCGACAAUAAGCCUGAGUAUCCGCUUGCAUGUGAGCGUGUGAAGACAGGACGCUUGCACCGGGUGCCGCUUUAUCUUGCGAAUGCAGGCAUCUAUACCCUCGAGAUAGUGAUUGUCCCGGACAAUAAGUCGUAUCGUCCGGCGGUUUAUCGGCAUGAGAAGAAUAUCACGGUCGUUGAAAGCGACUAUGAGAAUGUGCAUGUUGGGCCGCAUGAGCACAGAAGGUUGAUAGGGUUUGAUAGACCGAAACGAGUUGGUCAGGGGAUUUCUGGCGCGGACGUGGAUUGUUCGAAAUCGACAGUGGAUGAACAUAAUAAUACCAAGGAACAUGAUAGCUAUGGAAAUGGCGCAAAUGAGAUUGGACUAGGUACAGACGGGCAUUAUCCGGCAUCGUCGCAGGAAGGGUCAUUGGAGGUUGUCGACAAUGUCAAGUACCUAACUGAGAAUACGGAGGAUUAUAUCAUGCAGUGGCUUAACUUGAAUUUUCAGCCGGCAGAAGAGGACGCUCCAUUCAGCUUAGAAAAAUAA